GUUAUUUUGUCAUUUUAUUUAAUCAGUCUUAUUUUUGUGUUGUCGUUAUUUUUUAUUGUAAGACUCUUGCAUUAAGAUCGGGUGAGAUCUGGUCUACUUCAAUCGUCUGUGGCUCAGGUUUGCCCGUCAAUGGAUCAGUGAGUUAUAUUACGUGUUUGAAGGUGAUUAACUCCAAGUCUGGUUCGAGGGCUGACAGUUGUCUGUGAUUCCUUACUUAUUUUACUCCCUUUCCGAAGGCUAAUGCUUUGAUUUCAAUAUAAGCCCCCCUCUUGAAAAAAAAUGAAUUUAUAAUUUAUUUUUGGUAUUUUUUAUAUUUAUUUUAUUCAUUUAAAGUCAAUAAGGGUAAAUUUGCUACUUUAUAAGAACAUGAGAGGUAUUUUUGCACGUUUAAAAAGUUCAGGGGUAUAUAUCUACUUCAACAUAUACUUCAGGGUAUAUUUGUUCGGAAAAAUAGAACAAAUGUAUAUUUGUUAUUACACUCAUACUAGAAGAGUAUAUUUGUACCUUUUCCCAAUAUUGAAUUGCUUGGCAUGGAAGGCGCAUGGUGGAUUCCCAAAGUCUAUAUCAGAAUUAUCCAGCUUUUCGAGGUAUGGGUCAUGCCAAAAUCACCAAUGAAAUACGAUAGUACGAGGGAUGAUGAUUCGAGUAAAUUAGUAGUGAACACAAAAAAUUACCAUCUACCUCUAUAUAAAAAGAGGUGGAAAACAGGCUGUUUUCCCGCCUAAAUUUUUGUUCUAAAAUGGGUCAUGUUAUAUGAUUGGGUCGGGUUGCUUAAUUAACUGGGUCCAAGAAAUUAGAUGGACUGCACGAGGUGUCAUAUUAUCUUUUAUUAUACAAAAGCAAAAUAAAGACUGCACAGUGUUCCCGCCCAAACACUGUGCAGUAAUGGGCCGGGCCUGUUAAAAUGGGUUCAAAAACGGGUCAUGCUGCAUCUGUUUUUUGCUGCUCAGUGAUUUUAAAUGUUGGCCCAGUCACCAAUGCAGUUUUAGUAGCUCAAGAAAAGGCUCAAUGAAAUAAUGUUGAAUGGAGUGCUGCAAUUGUAAUAAAAAAUGGUUGCGACUGUGUGGCUCAAGAAAAAAGUUGGGUGGCUCAAGGAAAUAAAUGUGGCGUGUAUUGAGCUGUAACUUUUUCGGCCUGUACAAUUGAUGGGACUGCUUUGCACAACGGACCAAUGAAUUGCUCUUUGAAUAAGAAGUAUUGAGCUGGCAUGUAAACAAACAAAUCAAUUUUGAAGAUCUGGUAGUACGAUUUUUCAGAUCUAAAUAUGUUUUAAAUUUAAAUUUAAUAUAUGGUUGAUAUGACUCUGCAGUGAGUUGUCUAUUCACACAUCAUGUCAUCAAAAAAAUGGACAAUACAUACUAUUAACCUUUGGUUAACAGAGGAUAGUAUAAAAGGCACACUGCCGAUUGAAGUAUAAAUACAACCGGGAUUCAAGAGCAUUACACAUCAAUGCAAUUGCAUAGAGAGGGAGAGUUAAACCUUGAAUGGGCCAUUGAGGUUGCCCUAUUACAACUCUUUUAAUAUAUUAAGAUGCAGAUAUUUCAUGUGCAUACAUAUGCAUUUACUAAUAUCGAUGGAGAUGACAUACAUAUGCAUCAUCAGCUAACACUCUAUAGAUAUUCCAUCACAGGGAUGUGUAAGCCUUAUAAGAUGUCUUUGUAAAUUCAGAUAUGUUAAUUAGUAAUUCGUUAUUUUUUGCAAGUAAUAUACAUUCUAAAAAUGAUUGGGAAAGACGAAUUCCACAACAAGCACUCAGAACAGAAGAAUUAUUUGAAUCCACGGUUUAUGCAUAGUAUUUGAAAAAUGAAAAAUAUAUUAUUCCAUAUAAUUUAGAGUUCUCAAAAGUGCUAAUAAAUUAUUUUAGCUUUUUGUGUUAGAUUAUUAGCCUAAAAGUAGAAAUAUUUUAAACAAACAAGAGUCACUGAAAAAAUAAACAUAUUUUCAUACCUGCCAUUGAAGCUCCUCAAAACUUUUAACCUGCAUAUCCUAUUUUAAUCUAAUUAAAUAGUACAUGAUUGGCAACCUUAUUAAGGUCCCAUAACCUAUUAAUUAUACAUUUUCUAUUCUAUGAUCUAAUAACUGAAAAUAAGAAAAAGACAUCUUGGUAACGAAACCUGCAAGAUUUAUGGUGAAUAAGAUGACAGAAUAAGAAAACUUUAAUUACAAUAUUUCUAAUUGUUAAUCUGUAUUUUUAAUGCUCCACAAAUUUAUUACCGAAAACUAGAAAUAGUACAAUCAAGUUUUAGUAUCAAGGAAGAAAUAAUUAUAUUAUAAAAUAUCAACUAUGAAUACAUAAAACUCUAUGGAGGUAAAUACCAUGAGGUUAUUAGUUAUUAGAUUUACAUAUUUUGUUUUCAAUGUCUAUAAAAAUAGGUCAGUGGUUAUUGUUGGCAUAAGAUCAGAAAACGAACAUAUUGAAACCAACAAUAUUUUUUUGAAUAACACAAAUCUAAUAAGCCUUGGCCAGAUUGUGGAAAAAUGUGUAGCCAUUUUAGGAAAAUGGCAUACGAGUUAUAUCUUAUUGAUUUUACAUAUUCCAGGUUUGAAAAGCUCAAAUAAUUUUGAAAGCUGGUAAUGGUCUGUGGGGGCAUAGUUUAAACUAAUUUUGUUCUCUUAAUCAAGUUAGUUAUAACAAGGUUCUAAUAAAACUGAAUUAUAAGAAAGGAUGAUUUGUUUCCAACAUUACAAAUUGAAAAAUGUUUUUACCAACAAUUGUUAAUAAAAACUUUUAACUGGGCCUUAAUAGGGCAACUAAAGUUCACAGAAGGUUUGUAUCAACUAAAAAAUGUCUAAAUUAUUUUUUUCAAAAACAUGAGAAAGUAAACACCUUUUUUAUAAAAAAAAAUAUUAGACUUUAUAACCUCAUACCACCUUUAAGAAGAGUUGAUGAACACUUAGAAGCAUGUUUCAUGAAAUAUCAUAGAAUAGGACAUACACAUGUUUAAACGUAUAAAUCAUUUAACACAAAAUACAUAGUGUGUUAAAUCCAGAUAUUCACAACUGUUUGCAUUUUAAAACCAAUGGGUAUACAUAAUUUUCACACGUUUAUAUAAUUUAAAGAUCUGGGUAGAUUUAUAUAUCCAUAAGCAAGAAUAUAUGGGUUAAAUACGUAAAACUGUUAAAGAUGUUUUUGUUGAAAUAAUACAGAUUUAAUAUACCACACAAAUCAGUAAACCAUGUACGUUUAUGCCAACUGGAUGCCUUAAAAUAGCUAUGAUUUGAUUCCCAGAUAAGGUAAUAAAAACAGAUUAAAUUCUUUUUAUAAAAGUUAUGCUUUUAAAAUUAUGAGUCAAGUAGAAUGUAUGACAUAGAUACUGCAUAUCUCACUUUCAAGAUAUAUGAGUAUACAUAUGUCACUUAUGUCAUACAUAUUUACUUUUCGGACCAUAUUUGCCAUGUUUUGAGUAUCUAUGUUAAUAAAAACAGAUAUAAUCUGUACAUCAAUAGAAUCAUGCCACGAAAAGAUAGAUUCGGAAAUUUUUUGUUGUUUUAAAAUAGUCAAGCGGACAAACCAAGAUCAAAUUGAAAACCAUUUUCGAAAAAAAACAAGGUCAAACAUGAUACAAACAUAAUAAAUGGUAAACAUGCGAACACGGGCAAAGAUGGAUGUAAAGGAGAUACCCAAAACAGUAGGCUAUUGUAAGUUAUGGUCUCAGAUCCAUCUAUUUGCUCUCAGCCGGGCAUAUAAGGGGCUAACCAACAACAAAUAUAGAACCAACCACAUUAUUGAGCCAUCAAAAAGGUCAGAUAAGAGGAUAACAACUAUGGCUUUGAGAUGGUCGGAUAAGGGGCCAAACCAACAACAAUCACAUGGCUCUAAGAAGAAAAAUCGAGUGGAAAGUCAUGAAGGCCAUAUCGAGAGGUUAUCACCUGGUCUGGUGGGGUGUGUUGUGUACGAAUGAAAGAAACGGCGGAA